AUGCUACAUUUCCCUGACACGCGACUAGCGCAAUACAGCUUCUUCAACGCUUUUGACUGCACCGGCAGUGCAUGCAGCAUUGAGUCUCCAAGGUGUAGGCAUUUCUAUUGUUGGUGGUGGACCCAAGAACUGAUAUACGUGUCAAUUUAUUCUGGCCCGUCCUCGGAUUGUGGCUUGCUAUACCCGGUCACAAACUCUAAAGGGACGAACGUUACGUAUUCCUGUAUUGCAGAUAUUCCUACUGCUGGUCCACGCUCAAAUGUACGGCAGCAAUGCCAAAACUGGCAUGGUGGUCAAGGAAGGAGCAGGAAUAUUGUCGAACGUCGACAGGAAUUGGAUGAAGUUGCUUGA